AUUUGUUCAUUCAUUGGCUGACACAUUUAUUGUUAAGCACAUUUUGCAAUUACAUUUUGGGCUGUUGUUUUUCUGCCACUGUUUUUGUUAUUUGAAGUUAAUUAAGAUUUUAGUCGUAAUUUAUGAAAAUUUUAGUAUAAAUGUAUAAGUGGAUGAUGAUGCUUUGCAAUUGUUUGAUAUAAUGCCCCAAAGAAACUGUGUUGGGUAUCUACAGAAUCAUGUGGUUGGUGAUGCCAACCAACUGUUUGACAUAAUGCCUCAAAGGUUUACAAUAUAUGUGUUACUGAUUUUUUGUGACAAAAAGCCAAAUGGCACAUUCAAUGAGCUUGAUCUCUGUAGGCCUCGGAUUCGGCCAAAUUCCUAAAACUAAAGUCGGUGUGUGUGGAAGGUUUAAUCCAAGAUCUACAGCACGGCUUCGAAUUCGGGCUGUGCAAGAAAAUGGUGGACAACGGAGACUAAUAGACAUUAUUAGACUCGUGCCUGACCUCUCAAAGAAUUACUUUCGAAGACCUUCUCGCAGGACUUUGUUUGGUGGAAUCUCCUUGUUGGGUGGAUUUUAUGUUGCGCAAACAAUUUCACUGUCUUUUGGAGCUCUAGGAGUCAAUGAUGUUAUUGCUGCAGUGGUGUGUGUUCUUCUUACUGAGUAUGUGACUAAGUUCUAUUACAGCCGGCCAAAAGUUACUUUCCCUGUUGCUCUUCUCAACAACUUUAAAAUGGGCUUCACCUACGGACUUUUCAUUGAUGCCUUUAAGCUUGCCAGUUAAUCCUCUUAAUAUCUAUGUGCAACUUUUCAAGAUUCCUUCCCUCCAAAAUUGGUUUGGUUGUGUUUGAACGCCAAGCUUGUACAUGCUAAAAUUGUUAAUCCAUAUUUGGUCUUGUUGUACUUCACCACCAAGCUUGUACAUGUUAGAAAUGGCUCUAGAACUAUCAUCUGAUUUGUUGUAUAUCAGCUGGAAUGCUUGCAGUUUAUAAAUCAUAUCAAUUAUUUUUCCUUUA